AUAGAGAGUCACGAGCAUAUUAUAGAAAAUGCCGAGGUAGAGAGAGAAAAGACCAAAGAGGGAACUCGUUGCAGCCUUCUAGGAAUAGCUCAUCAUAAUCUAGGACAGUUCAAAACAGCAAUCGAUUACCAUCAACGACAUCUAGAAAUUGCUAAAGAAGUGGGAGACAAGGCCGGAGAGGGAAACAGUUAUGCCAAUCUCGGCUGCGCUUAUGUUGGUCUAGGACAGUUCAAAACAGCAAUCAAUUACCAUCAACGUCAUCUAGAAGUUGCUAAAGAAGUGGGAGACAAGGCCGGAGAGGGAAACAGUUAUGCCAAUCUCGGCUGCGCUUAUGUUGGUCUGGGACAGUUCAAAACAGCAAUCGAUUACCAUCAACGUCAUCUAGAAAUUGCUAAAGAAGUGGGAGACAAGGCCGGAGAGGGAAACAGUUAUGGCAAUCAAGGCUGCGCUUAUGUUGGUCUAGGACAGUUCAAAACAGCAAUCGAUUACCAUCAACGUCAUCUAGAAAUUGCAAAAGAAGUGGGAGACAAGGCCGGAGAGGGAAACAGUUAUGGCAAUCUCGGCUGCGCUUAUGUUGGUCUAGGACAGUUCAAAACAGCAAUCGAUUACCAUCAACGUGAUCUAGAAGUUGCUAAAGAAGUGGGAGACAAGGCCGGAGAGGGAAACACUUAUGGCAAUCUCGGCUGCGCUUAUAUUGGUCUAGGACAGUUCAAAACAGCAAUCGAGUACCAUCAACGUCAUCUAGAAAUUGCUAAAGAAGUGGGAGACAAGGCCGGAGAGGGAAAGAGUUAUGCCAAUCUCGGCUGCGCUUAUGUUGGUCUGGGACAGUUCAAAACAGCAAUCGAUUACCAUCAACGUCAUCUAGAAAUUGCUAAAGAAGUGGGAGACAAGGCCGGAGAGGGAAACAGUUAUGGCAAUCACGGCUGCGCUUAUGUUGGUCUAGGACAGUUCAAAACUGCAAUCGAUUACCAUCAACGUCAUCUAGAAAUUGCUAAAGAAGUGGGGGACAAGGUCGGAGAGGGAAACAGUUAUGGCAAUCUCGGCUGCGCUUAUGUUGGUCUAGGACAGUUCAAAACAGCAAUCUAUUACCAUCAACGUCAUCUAGAAGUUGCUAAAGAAGUGGGAGACAAGGCCAGAGAGGGAAACACUUAUGGCAAUCUCGGCUGCGCUUAUAUUGGUCUAGGACAGUUCAAAACAGCAAUCGAUUACCAUCAACGUCAUCUAGAAAUUGCUAAAGAAGUGGGAGACAAGGCCGGAGAGGGAAAGAGUUAUGCCAAUCUGGGCUGCGCUUAUCGUUGUCUAGGACAGUUCAAAACAGCAAUCCAUUACCAUCAACAACAUCUAGAAAUUGCUAAAGAAGUGGGAGAGAAAGCCGGAGAGGGAAAUAGUUAUGCCAAUCUGGGCUGCGCUUAUGUUGGUCUAGGACAGUUCAAAACAGCAAUCAAUUACCAUCAACGUCAUCUAGAAAUUGCUAAAGAAGUGGGAGACAAGGCUGGAGAGGGAAACAGUUAUGGCAAUCUCGGCUGCGCUUAUGGUGGUCUAGGACAGUUCAGAACAGCAAUCGAUUACCAUCAACAUCAUCAAGAAAUUGCUAAAGAAGUGGGAGACAAGGCCGGAGAGGGAAACAGUUAUGGCAAUCUGGGCUGCGCUUAUGUUGGUCUAGGACAGUUCAAAACAGCAAUCGAUUACCAUCAACGACAUCUAGAAAUUGCUAAAGAAGUGGGAGACAAGGCCGGAGAGGGAAACAGUUAUGCCAAUCUCGGCUGCGCUUAUGGUGGUCUAGGACAGUUCAAAACAGCAAUCGAUUACCAUCAACGACAUCUAGAAAUUGCUAAAGAAGUUGGAGACAAGGCUGGAGAAGGAAACAGUUAUGGCAAUCUCGGCUGCGCUUAUGUUGGUCUAGGACAGUUCAAAACAGCAAUCGAUUACCAUCAACGUCAUCUAGAAAUUGCUAAAGAAGUGGGAGACAAAACUGGAGAGGGAAACAGUUAUGGCAAUCUUGGCUGCGCUCAUGUUGGUCUAGGACAGUUCAAAACAGCAAUCGAUUACCACCAACGUCAUCUAGAAAUUGCUAAAGAAGUGGGAGACAAGGCCGGAGAGGGAAACAGUUAUGCCAAUCUCGGCUGCGCUUAUGAUGGUCUAGAAAAGUUCAAAACAGCAAUCGAUUACCAUCAACGUCAUCUAGAAAUUGCUAAAGAAGUGGGAGACAAGGCCGGACAGGGAAAGAGUUAUGCCAAUCUCGGCUGCGCUUAUCGUGGUCUAGGACAGUUCAAAACAGCAAUCGAGUACCAUCAACGUCAUCUAGAAAUUGCUAAAGAAGUGGGAGACAAGGCCGGAGAGGGAAAGAGUUGUGCCAAUCUCGGCUGGGCUUAUCGUUGUCUAGGACAGUUCAAAACAGCAAUCGAUUACCAUCAACGUCAUCUAGAAAUUGCUAAAGAAGUGGGAGACAAGGCCGGAGAGGGGAAGAGUUCUGCCAGUCUCGGCUGCGUUUAUGGUGGUCUAGGACAGUUCAGAACAGCAAUCGAUUACCAUCCACGACAUCUAGAAAUUGCAAAAGAAGUGGGAGAGAAGGCCGGAGAGGGAAACAGUUAUGCCAAUCUCGGCUGCGCUUAUGGUGGUCUAGGAAAGUUCAAAACAGCAAUCGAGUACCAUCAACGUCAUCUAGAAAUUGCUAAAGAAGUGGGAGACAAGGCCGGAGAGGGAAACAGUUAUGACAAUCUCGGCUGCGCUUAUGAUGGUCUAGGAAAGUUCAAAACAGCAAUCGAUUACCAUCAACGUCAUCUAGAAAUUGCUAAAGAAGUGGGAGACAAGGCCGGAGAGGGAAACAGUUAUGCCAAUCUUGGCUGUGCUUAUCGUGGUCUAGGACAGUUCAAAACAGCAAUCGAUUACCAUCAACGUCAUCUAGAAAUUGCUAAAGAAGUGGGAGACAAGGCCGGAGAGGGAAAGAGUUGUGCCAAUCUCGGCUGCGCUUAUCGUUGUCUAGGACAGUUCAAAACAGCAAUCGAGUACCAUCAACGUCAUCCAGAAAUUGCUAAAGAAGUGGGAGACAAGGCCGGAGAGGGGAAGAGUUAUGCCAAUCUCGGCUGCGCUUAUAAUGGUCUAGGAAAGUUCAAAACAGCAAUCGAUUACCAUCAACGUCAUCUAGAAAUUGCUAAAGAAGUGGGAGACAAGGCCGGAGAGGGAAACAGUUAUGCCAAUCUCGGUUGCGCUUAUAAUGGUCUAGGAAAGUUCAAAACAGCAAUCGAUUACCAUCAACGUCAUCUAGAAAUUGCUAAAGAAGUGGGAGACAAGGCCGGAGAGGGAAACAGUUAUGCCAAUCUCGGCUGCGCUUAUGAUGGUCUAGGACAGUUCAAAACAGCAAUCGAGUACCAUCAACGUCAUCUAGAAAUUGCUAAAGAAGUGGGAGACAAGGCCGGAGAGGGAAACAGUUAUGCCAAUCUCGGCUGCGCUUAUGGUGGUCUAGGACAGUUCAAAACAGCAAUCGAGUACCAUCAACGUCAUCUAGAAAUUGCUAAAGAAGUCGGAGACAAGGCCGGAGAGGGAAAGAGUUGUGCCAAUCUCGGCUGGGCUUAUCGUUGUCUAGGACAGUUCAAAACAGCAAUCGAUUACCAUCAACGUCAUCUAGAAAUUGCUAAAGAAGUGGGAGACAAGGCCGGAGAGGGGAAGAGUUAUGCCAAUCUGGGCUGCGCUUAUCGUUGUCUAGGACAGUUCAAAACAGCAAUCGAGUACCAUCAACGUCAUCUAGAAAUUGCUAAAGAAGUGGGAGACAAGGCCGGAGAGGGAAAGAGUUGUGCCAAUCUCGGCUGCGCUUAUCGUUGUCUAGGACAGUUCAAAACAGCAAUCGAUUACAAUCAACGUCAUCUGGAAAUUGCUAGAGAAGUGGGAGACAAGACCGGAGAGGCAUCCUCGCUCUGUUAUCUUGGAAUAAAUUUUGAGUGCCUAGGAAAUCUCAAGAGGGCCUUUGACUGCUUUCACUCUUGUGUAGAGGCGUUUGAUAGUAUCAGGGCCGGUAUGCAAUUGAACGAUCAGUGGAAGAUCUCUUAUCGCAAUCAGCAUAAAAGUGCAUACACAGGCUUGUGGCGUAUAAACCUAAUUCAAAAUGAAUUUCUCAACGCUCUUCUUGCCGCAGAAAAAGGACGUGCACAAGCUCUAAAAGAUCUGCUACACACGAAAUAUCACCCCCGAGAUUCUUCAAGGAACAGCGGCUCGUUCCUUGCCCUGAGUUUUGUUCCAUUAGGUACAGUUUUCAUGGCUAUCAGUGGACCGUGCGUUUACUACUGGGUUUUCCUUAGCGACGAUAAUGUCCAUUUGAGAAAGGUGCAUGUCAACAAUUAUAAGUAUCAGGAGGAAUUGGAAUUUUUCAUCGAGCAACUGAACAAAACUGCCUUGAAGGAGAUCGAUUCAAGAGAUGCUGUUAAAUGCGAAAAUCCUUCCCAUGACUCGCCGAAAGCGGCGGAAGUGGCAAACGAUAUGAUUCAAAUUGAUGUAAGGUACUCACAAUCAAGUGCUCUACAGAAGCUUUAUGACAUCAUCGUUACUCCUAUUGCUGAUCUGAUCGAAGGCAACGAGCUUACAGUUGUUCCUGAGGGACCAUUUUGUCUUGUGCCUUAUGCAGCAUUGGAGGACUCGAAGUCAACUUAUCUGAGUGAUUUAGUCAGAAUUCGUGUGCUUCCGUCCCUGACGACCUUACAACUGAUUAAUGACUGCCCAGCUGAAUUUCACAUGAAGAGCGGUGCAUUGCUUGUUGGCGACCCAUGUUACAAAGAGAUCAUCUAUCAGGGAAGACGGUUGGCGCAACUUCCGGGAGCAAGGAGAGAAGCGGAGAUGAUUGGACGAAUUCUCAACAUUUCCCCCCUCAUUGGGGAAAUGGCAACAAAAGAUGAAGUGUUGAAACGACUUUCAUCAGUGGCUUUAGUACACAUAGCAGCACAUGGUAAAAUGGAAACUGGUGAAGUUAUCCUGGCACCAAACACCACAAGAGAAACCCCUCAGCUUCAAGAGAAGGACUAUGUACUGACGAUGAAAGAUGUCAUGGAAGCUGGGCUGCGGGCGCGACUGGUUGUUCUAAGCUGUUGUCACAGUGCUCGUGGGGAGGUCAUGGCCGAGGGUGUGGUUGGCAUCGCCCGAGCAUUCUUGGGUGCUGGCGCUAGAUCUGUUGUGGUAACCUUGUGGGCGAUUGCAGACGAGGGAACCCUGGAGUUCAUGAGUUUCUUCUACGAUGCACUUGCUAAAGGCAAGAGGGCAAGUGAAGCUCUCAAUCAGGCCAUGAAGUGUUUGAGAGAAUCCGAAACCUUCAAGGAGGUGAAGUACUGGGCACCAUUUGUACUUAUUGGUGAUGACGUCAAACUUGAUUUCAACGAAAUCAGUUGCUGA